AUGUCUAAUAUUCUUGAGACUGUUAAGUCCUAUACUUCAAAUACUGGACCUGAUUCAGAAGUUCCACACUUUUUCGAUGGUGAAAACUUGAGAACUACCAACACUCACCAUGAGUUUGAACAUCGUUCAGUCCACACUAACCCACAUGACAACUACGCUAUUCCUCAAUACGAAGAAGAUGAAGUCACUGUAAAGGAUUGGUUGCAAAAUAUCUUUGGUAACCCAUUACAAAAGAUCUUCAACUACUUUGUUUCCUUAUUCCCAAUUCUUAAAUGGAUUUUACACUAUAAUGGUAAAUGGUUAUAUGGUGAUUUAGUUGCUGGUAUCACUGUCGGUAUUGUUUUAGUUCCUCAAUCCAUGUCCUAUGCCCAAUUAGCUGGAUUAGCUCCACAAUUUGGUUUAUAUUCUUCCUUUGUCGGUGUUUUCAUCUAUUCAUUUUUUGCUACUUCCAAGGAUGUCUCCAUCGGUCCUGUCGCUGUUAUGUCCUCCCAAGUUGGUAAGGUUAUCGCCAAUGUUCAAGCUAAAUAUGGUACUGACCUUUAUGAUGCUCAAACUAUUGCCACUGUCUUAUCAUUGAUCUGUGGUGGUAUUGCUGCUGGUCUUGGUAUUUUGAGAUUAGGUUUCAUCUUGGAAUUCAUUUCCAUUCCUGCCGUUAUGGGUUUCAUGAGUGGUUCUGCUUUAAAUAUUAUUUCUGGUCAAGUUCCUGCUUUAAUGGGAUUCCCUAAGGCUGUCAACACUCGUGAUGCCACUUACAUGGUUAUAAUCAAUUCCUUAAAGGCAUUGCCACAAUCUACUUCCGAUGCUGCUUUCGGUUUAAUUCCAUUAUUCAUUCUUUAUCUUUGGAAUUUCGUUUGUGGAUUUGGUCAAAGAAGAUGGCCAAAGUUGAAAUGGUACUUCUUCUAUACUCAACAAUUAAGAAAUGCCAUUGUUAUCAUUGUCGCUUCUGCUAUCUCUUGGGGUAUUGUUCACCCAAAGAAGGUUGCAUUUGAUGGUCCAGCUUCUGCCUUCAAGCCACCAAUUUCAAUCAUUGGUACUGUUCCUUCUGGUUUACGUGAUGUUGGUGUUAUGAAUAUUCCAGAUGGUAUUGCCAGCGCAUUAGGUUCUGAAAUUCCAGUUUCUACCAUUAUCUUGUUAUUAGAACACAUUGCCAUUUCCAAAUCUUUUGGUAGAGUCAACGAUUAUAAGGUUGUCCCUGAUCAAGAAGUUAUUGCUAUUGGUGUUACUAACUUGAUUGGUACUUUUUUCAAUGCUUAUCCUGCUACUGGUUCCUUCUCCCGUUCUGCUUUAAAGGCCAAGUGUGGUGUUAGAACUCCAAUUGCUGGUCUUUUCACUGGUGCCGUUGUCUUGUUAGCUUUAUACACUUUGACUUCAUCUUUCUUCUACAUUCCAAAGGCCACCCUUUCUGCUGUUAUUAUCCAUGCUGUUUCUGAUUUGGUUGCUAACUACAAGGUCACCUGGUCAUUCUGGAGAAUCAGUCCUCUUGAUUGUGGUAUUUUCUUGAUCGGUUUAAUCAUUACAAUUUUCGUUACUAUUGAAGCUGGUAUUUAUUUUGCCAUUGCUUCUAGUUGUGCUGUUUUGUUAUUCAGAGUUGCCAAGCCAAAUGGUCAAUUCUUGGGUCGUACUCAAGUUGCCGAAAUUGUUAACCCAGUCAUUGUUACUGACAGCAGUGGUGCUUCUUCCAUUAAUUCUGAUGCUGAAAUUCACCAAGUCUUAUCCAACCAUUCCAACUACCAAUCUGUUGUUGAUGGUAAGGACAAAGAAUCCAAUACUAAGGUCAACACGAAAUCCUCAGCUGCACCAAAUGUCAAGAUUCACACUCGUUGGGUUCCAUUAACUAAAGAAAACUUAAACGCUGGUAUUUCAGUUACUCCACCACCACCAGGUGUCAUUGUCUUUAAGCCAAUUGAAUCAUUUACUUAUCCUAAUGCAUCCCGUCAAAUUGAUUUAGUUUCCGAUGAAGCCAAGAAGUUAACCAGAAGAGGUAAGCCAUAUGAUUUAUCAGACAAGGGUUCCAGACCAUGGAAUGACCCAGGUCCAUUAUACUUCCCAUGGACCAAGAAGGAAGACUUGAUCCACCAUCAACAAGAAGACACCAGACCAUUGUUACGUAUUAUUCAUUUUGAUUUCUCCUGUGUUGCCAACGUUGAUGUUACUUCUAUCCAAGCCUUGGUUGAUUUACGUAAGGCUAUGAAUAUUUAUGCUGACCGUGAAGUUGAAUUCCAUUUCUCAGGAAUUUUAAGUCCUUGGAUUAAGAGAGGUUUGAUCAAUGCUGGUUUUGGUAUUCAAGAAGAUGGCUUGGUUGCUGAAAAUACUUAUGUUAAUAUUGCCAAGGGAUCUUCUGGUAACGACGAAGACAGUGAUUUGGAAGGUGGUAGAUUUAUCCCUGCCAUAACCACAAACACUCCUUUCUUCCAUUUGGAUAUUCCAGAUUAUUAG